GAGCGACGCACGAGGGAAGGCAGUGGUCGAGCGCGCGCGGACUUGUCAGUAGCGAGCGAGCGGCGACGACGAGUGGAGAUGCGCGAGCAGCAGCGACAACAGCAGGUGCUGGAUAAGCAGCAGCAGCAGCAGCAGCAGCAGCAGCAGCAGCAGCAGCAGGAGCAGGAGCAGCAGUCAGCUCGCGAGGACGCUGCUGGGGACUCGCCGACGGAGCAGCACCAGGACCGUGGCGGCGGCGGAGGCGGCUGCAAGUGACGCGCCAGUUCCUCGAGGAGUAGGCGGCUCACCCUCGAGGCUGCUGCUGCUAUCGUCACGUCGAUUGACCAUCAUGGGGCUUCGUUGUCACGGCGCGCAAGUCAAAUCGCCAACCAUCACCAUCAUCACCUCAGGCGACGGAGAACCAUGACCAGCGACGGUGCCAGUAGCGUGCAACCUGGGAAAACAUGCCACGAGAACGAGACUACCAUCGCUGCCCACAUCCACGAGAUCAACAGCCAGGUGGCUCAGUUCCGCGAUCUGCUGAUCAGCAUCGGCCAGCCGCGCGACUGCCCCGAGCUACGCGAGAGGAUACGCAAACUCCGUCGCAGCUGCGUCGAGGCCUGCAAGAGCACGUCGCAAAUGGUGCUGCCGCAAAUGCGCAGCGCAAUGGAAGCGGGAAUACCGGCCGACAGUCCGAACCUUGUGCUGCUGUUUUUCCUUUCCCAGCUGUUUCUGCGCGAGCUUUACAAGAGCAAGAACCUCGUCCGCAUCGUCCCUAUGGACAUGACUGGCUACUUUGAGAGCAAGUCGGGCCCGUCUAACAUCAGCAACGUCAUCACGCAGAUCCUGCUCUGCAAGCAAAUCACUCUGGACUUCAACGAGGAGGAGCUGUGCAGCAUACAGAAGGACUCGGAGGAGAUCGCCGCGCUGAUCGCCGAGCUACAAGAGUUCAUGCCGCAGUCCGAAGCUGACACCGAGCGACCAGUGGCACUACAGGAAGCAGCGAAUCGCGUCGCCCGACCAAACGGUGCCCGCAAGAAUCUGCGCUGGGAGAACCGUCAGAAUCGUCACCCGUUGCGUGGCACGUUUAAGUUCUUCUGCUGCGCCGGACGCCCAAAUUACCUCUGAUCUGGUCACAUUUGGCAGGCCUCCUCCAUCUCUCCGUUACGUCGUUUUCUUAUCGUGGGUCUACGCCACGAGGUUAACACGUAUAUAUUCCUAUGCAUCAUUAUAUCAUUACAAUAUGCUCUUUCAGUCUUUCAAAAUCCGCAAUAGCGCACAAUUGCACCGUACUCUCAAAGUGAAAUCAAAACUUCAAACUAAAAAACAAGAAAUUAACAACAAAUGAAUUACGUUAUUAUUGAAGUUAAUAAUUAAUUAGAGAGAUGGUUAGAAAGACAAUCCAGAGGCAAAACAAAGAGCAACGGCCAAUCAAAAAAACAAAAAUUCAGUCAAUUGUCGUUCGCAGGUACAGCGAGCUGGAUCGAUCUAUAUAUAUAUACACACACACACACACACACACACGCGUAGUUUUUAUUAAAUAAACAAAACAAAACUACUCUACUGCCGUAUGUAGGGAAACAAAUCGGGGGACUAACUAUAUCGAUAUAAUACGACAUAUCCAUCGUCACCUGUUCACUAAAUAAUUUAAUAGACGCGUGUGAGGUACUAAUUAGCGACGACGACGAAUAUGGGUCCAAUGAAAGAUAUGAUGGUGAUUCUGCGUGUCGGUUCAUAUCGCAUACACUUACAAACACACACACGAGGCGCACAUAUAGCAACAAACGCGGAAGUCAAGGAAAAAAGAGUCAACUAACGAGAGAGAAAAGAGCGAGCGUAAGCUUUACUCUUUCCUAACAAAAUAUACAUACAUACACACACACACACACACACACACACACACACACACACACACACACACAUGAUUAGCUACUCCGCGUUCUACGUCCAGAUAUCUAUACAUAGGUAGCUAAUAGAAAAUAAAGAACGGAGAAACAGAAGUGGAAAGAGAUAAGAGACACUCAAUUACAGUUGUGAUUAUUUAUUAGGUGGUUUGUCAUUUGAGAGCAAGAGCGAGCGAGUGUAAGGAUCGAUUAAUCAAAUAAUACAAACCCACAUCCCAGUGGAACGUGAAGAGAUCUCUUUCGGCGUAAUACAUAUAUACACACACACAUACACGCACACAUAAAAUGGAGAAUCAAAUAUUAUAAUUAAGUCGUAAAGGAUAAUACGUGAUUCAAUGAAUUAUACAAUUGUCAUUAAUACUUGCACGCGCGUACAAAUGAAUUCUAGAUGACUUACAUAUUAUACAAGAGGAAAAAAAAAUAUAUAUAUAUAUACCUAGUGCAAUAGGAUUUUACCACGUAAGAACAGAGUUAUAGUAUUUUGUGAUAAACUAUUUAAAAAAAAGAGCGAGAAUAAAAAGGGUGCAAGAAUGAGAAUAACGGAAGGGUGAAAAGGAUAUCUAUACCCAGGCGAAUAUAUAUUAUUAUGUUAUGAAAAGCAAGAAAUGUAAAAAAAGAAGAAUAAGAGAAAAAGAGAGAACUCAGCCGCGCGGGUGCGUGAUGCGUAUGAAAUAUCGCGGAAAAAAGCCUUUCGUGCAUCAUCAUCAUCGUCAUCAUCACCCUCCCUAUUGUUACAAAGCGGAUCGGAUCGUACAAGAAAAGAGGGAAAAGAAUACUACACGCUGACACAGACACAGGGGCGCGAAGGUACACAGACUCGCAUAAAAAGGAGUCGGUAUCGCAAAGAAUAGCCGUCGUAGCCGGCGGCGGCGAUCAUAUUGGCAUUGCACGCGCUACUUUUCUUUUUUCUCCUCUCCUUCUCUUGCGAUCGAUAGUCCGGAAAAUGGCCUAGCAAGAGAAACGACGACAGACCUCGUGAAUUUCCAGAGCCGUAUAUUCGUUCCGACGUAGGCACGUCUUAGAUCGACACUUUACGAUAACACGUGCCGACAGUUAGAAAUGUAUAUGUAGGUCUCGGUGUCAGCCGCAACUUUGCGCAACAUACAAGUCCGUUUCGUUCAAAAAUAUUGGAGACUUUGUUUUUUUAUUUUCUGAGACCGCUGCCGUAGAGGUAAAACGAAAGGCAAGAGAGAGACCAGGAGAAAUGUGCGUGUGCAGUAUGGUGAUGUACGUUAGUGUGGAGGCCACAAGAGAUAAUUUUGUAGUGGUUAUUAUGUAGAUAGAAGCUGGCCGAGAGACCGAGAAAGCGCAACUUAAUUUCUUUGAGAAUUUGUCUGCCAGCUGUCGCGCGUGUAGGACGUAAUGUUUUAAUGCCCUCGCUUCUUCAACCGCUGCUUUCUAAACUUUCCGGGGUUGAAAUUUUUUGCGCGGCAAUAUUAAAGUGCUAAUUUCGCCUUCUCGAGCGAGCUAGCGAAAGAGAGACAAAUGUUUCGUCUGGGAGAGUUGUAUAAAUAAUGAUUUAUCAUGCAAUAAACCUCGCUGCGAAACGCGGUUGUGACCAAAGAAACACAUUAAAUAACGCAUAUGCCUUGAUAAAUCAUCAUUGUAAAUAAAAUUUACAUACGGUGCAAUUCUUCAUCUUGUGCUGGUUUAUCGCUUGAUAACUCAUGUGCGUAUUGUUUCUCUGCCGUCAAACAAUACACAUUCACACGCGCAACAGUCAAUAGCAACAAUUAUCAAUCGCAAUCAUAUGACAAGGUGUGUUGCGCAUAUAGCAUAUAAUCUAUAGGGCGAUUGCUUUCAGUACACUCGAAACGUGCGUGUGUGUCCCUAUCUACGCGCAAAUAAAUUAAUUUGUAGCUGAAAUUCGAUAUAGCGUUUGCCAAUUUAUUAGAGUGGCUCUUUCACGCGAAUAAAACAAAAUUACUGAUACAGUGUUGUUUUUCUCGCUUCGAGGCAAUAGAUAUAGCAUCGGCAAAGAAAAAUACUUACACCUGGCAAUCGCCUCGACCUUAUAGAUGAGAGGUGUACUCUAAUUAAAGCUAAUUUCACGUGAAUCCAAGUAGAGGGAAAAGUUGAACUGCUGCUCGAUGUGUUCUUCUGUACAUGGGGGUAAUGAAAUUCCACUCUAUAAAAUUAAGUCAACUAAAACCAUACGUGAACGAGCAUGGUAUUGUGGAAAAAUAAACACUGUUGUAUAGCCGAAGUUAUUAAAGACGGGUACUACUUUAAUAUUAAAACGAUAUAUAAAAAGAUAUAUAUACACAAAGUGCGCCGAGCGCGCUUCUGUGCCGAGUGGCGAUGUUUGACAAAAUACAUAUAUACCAGAUAUAUAAUGACCCAAUAAUUAGUGAUAUAUUUUGAAGUGGAGCUUUGCCUAAGAAGUUGAAGCAUAGCUCGAAAAAAAAAUAAUAAAAUAGCAAGCACGUGAAAAUAACCUGUUUACUUGAAUGCAUUUACUGAAGACAAAAAUAAUAUUUCAAGUCAAUAUUUACUACUACUGUUAUGUGUAACGCCUAGUUAAAGUUGAACGACACAAAAGUGACAAAAACUCACACACUCACAGAUAGUUUUAUCGUUAUACUUUACACUCGCCGAUAAAUAUUGGAGAAGAGAGGGUACAUGGAUAUAUGGUUAAACUUUUAAAAUCGAACAAUGCCAAAUUAACGAAAUAUACUUCACACUUAUAUUAUAUUAUAAAAAUAUGGACGUGGACCAAUAAGAAAAAUCUAUAUCCGACUCACCUGAAUAUAUACGUGCGUGACCACACAAAAGAAGCCGUUAUGGAUAUAUAUAAAUGAAAAAAUAUAUAUUCCGUAUAGACGUUACUCAUUUUAUUAUAUUUCUUAAUGAUAUAUAAAUGUAUUCUUAUAACGAACUUUACUUGCCAAGUAAUCUUUCAUACCAUUAUACAUAAUAUUGUUCACCUUUCAAAUUUCGAUUAGUUGCGAAAGAAAACAAAUUAUUAUCAAGCACGCGUGUGGAAAAAAAAGAUAGAAGGGAAAAUUUUUUAACGAGAACUUUUAUAAACGUUGUUUUGAAAAAAAAUCUGUGUCAUCUGUCGACCAAUCAACAGUAAAUCACCAAAAAGAAAAAAAAA